AUGCUGGAGCGCAAAUCUAGUUGCGCCCACGCGGCUUUUUGCCUCGCAGCAUUAUCACUUCUUCCGACCAUGCUUUGCAGCCCACCAGCAGACCCCAUAAAGUGCGCAUCCGGCACGACCAACUGCACCAUUACCAACUCGUACGGCACAUAUCCCGACCGCUCCACCUGCACCGCCGCGAGGGCCGUCUUUCCAGCGACGGAGGAUGAGCUCCUUGCUUCAGUCGCCGAAGCCGCACGGACCGGAACUAAGAUGAAGGCGGCGACGCGAUACGCACACAGCAUACCAAAACUGUCCUGCCCAGACGGCGACCACGGCCUCCUCAUAAGCACCAAAAACCUCAACCGCGUCGUGAGCGUCAACGCGUCGGCGUUGCUGCUCACGGUAGAAAGCGGCAUGGUUCUCAGCGAUCUGAUUAAGGCUGCCGGUGACGCCGGUCUCGCUCUGCCUUACUCGCCCUAUUGGGCAGGGGUGACGGUUGGCGGAAUGCUUGGCACCGGAGCGCACGGAAGCUCGUUAUGGGGGAAAGGCAGCGCGGUGCAUGAUUACGUCGUCGGGGUCAGGAUUGUAACGCCGGCAUCGCCGGCACAAGGCUAUGCCAGGGUGCGCUCGCUCGGAGCUGACGAUCCUGAAUUGAAUGCUGUCAAGGUUUCGCUUGGAGUGCUGGGAAUCAUAUCACAGGUCACAUUUAAGCUGCAGCCGGUGUUCAAGCGGUCGGUCACAUAUGAGAAUCGGGGAGACGGAGAUCUUGCGGCGGCCGUGGUGAGCUUCGGGAAACAGUACGAGUUCGCGGACAUUACAUGGUAUCCAGGCACUGGUAGAGCGUUGUACCGGAAGGAUAGUCGUGUUUCCAUAAACGGUAGGGGAGACGGGCUAUACGAUUUCCUGGGCUUUCGUUCAACCCUAGUUGCGGGAUUGGCCAUCGACAGAUCCACUGAGGAUACACUCGAAGCCCUCGGCAACGCUUCCGGCAAGUGCGGCGCCGCGACGGUCGUUAACUCUGCCUUGUCCCUUGCCGCCUAUGGUCUCACCAGCGACGGGCUGGUCUUCAAGGGUUACCCUGUAAUCGGCCUACAGCACCGCAUGCAAGCUUCCGGCAGCUGUUUGACGUCACCAGAGGAUGGCCUUCUCACCUCCUGUCCAUGGGAUCCCCGCAUCAAGGGCAAGUUCUUUUUUCAAACCGCUUUCAGCAUCGCGCUCUCCAAAGUCCAAGACUUCAUCCUCGAAGUCCAAAAGCUCAGAGACCUACACCCCCAAGCGCUCUGCAGCACUGACAUCAACAAUGGCAUCCUAUUGCGCUACGUGAAGGCUUCCUCUGCCUACCUCGGCAAGGACGAGGACGGCGUCGAUUUCGACAUCACUUAUUAUCGCAGCCACGAUCCAUUGAGGCCGAGGCUUUACGAGGACGUGCUGGAGGAGAUUGAGCAGAUGGCGUUGUUCAAGUACGGGGCACUUCCGCACUGGGGGAAGAAUAGGAACAUUGCGUUUGAUGGAGUUAGUGCUAAGUAUUCAGGGAUUGGGGAAUUUAUGAGGGUGAAAAAUGAGUAUGAUCCUGCGGGAUUGUUCUCUGCGGAGUGGACAGAUCAGGUGCUUGGGGUGGAGGGGAAGAAGACGAGUUUGGUGAGAGAUGGCUGCGCUUUGGAAGGGAUCUGCAUUUGCUCUGACGACCGACACUGCGCACCGGAGAGAGGUUAUCUCUGCCGCCCUGGAAAGGUGUACAAGGAUGCCAGAGUGUGUAGCCUCGUAGCCACGAAUGGUUUUAGUGAUUAA